AUGGCAUUAAAGAAUGCUCGUGGCCGGUUGGUGGCGGACCCCGCCAUCGGAGUUAGUGACCUGAUGGGCCCAAUCAGGGAGUUCAUGAAAGGUGGGCCAGGUCGCAACCUCCAGGCGGCUUUGCAAAUUCCCGUCGGUACAUCCUGGAAAACGGCAGUGAAUGUUGAAUGGAUGGCUCACUUGUCACCACUUUACAUGGGCUAUGCUGCCGUAGCUGCCAACACCAUCCUUCCAGGCAAGAAGCACAAGAAAGCUUUAGAAGAGAUCCACUCCAAAACACCAGUGCAUGACAGCAAGAAAGCAGACAAGGGUGUCAUUGAUUAUUUGGAUGAGAUGAUCAGAAUCGGGUUCUCGCAUUUCCGUGCUCUAGCCCAAAGCCCCGAAGCAAGGAGCCGAGCAUUUCGCAAAGCCAGCCCGAGCCAAGUGGAGCAGAUCGAUGGCGUCCUGAAGCUUCUACAGGUUGGCGACAGCAGCGAGGCUGUGGAUGGUGCCACCCCCUCGCCGAAGCCUGUCGCAGAUAGGCCCACCGAAGCUACACGUGGUUUGCCCAUGAGUGCCGAGAACGAAGCUGCACGUGAUUUGCCAAAGAGUGCCGAGAAGGCCGAGCCAGAUUCUUCGUUUCCGAAAAACAUGGACGAAGCAUCGAAGUUGUUCCAGCAGAUUCUGGCACAGAGCGAUGAUGAUGAUGAUGAGCAUGGGCCCGAAAAGGCCACAAGCUCGACAGAUCCGAGAACCCCUCCUCCGAAGCUGAGGCGGGGAGGCAAGCUCAGUCCCGGUGAUUUCGACAAGCUUUUGGAGGCGGGUGAUGUGGACGAUGAUGAGCAAGCCUCUUUGAGAUCGGCUGCAGAGGUCAUCCCGAUCGGCCUUAACGGAGAGGUCCAGCUCACCAUCUUCAAGAAGAAUGGUGGCAAGAGCUCCAAGGACAAGGUGAGCAAAGCCGAGGGCAAGAAGAAGACCAAGAAAGCCAAGAAAAAGCCAAGCGCCCAGGACAGCACCAGCAAGGCGAAGAAUCAGAAAGUGAAGGCCACGAAAGCACAGAAAGAGAAGAAAGCCCAGAAAGACAAGAAAGCCCAGAAAGAGACGAAGGCUCCGAAGGCCCCGGAUGACAAUGAGGUCAAGCCCGCCGAGCCCAACGAUGUACAGGAAGAGGAGAAGCCGCCGGCGAAGCGACUUCGUGGCAAGACGAGCUUGACUCCAUCCGAGAAGCCCGAUGAUGAGCCCGAAGGCCAGGAUGACACAGGGGGCGAGGUGUUGACGAGGUCAAAGAAGAGACACCGAGCCGUUUCCAAGGCAUAUCACAUUGCAUUCACGGCGAACAAGCAUUUGGGCAAGGACCAGGCCAAGAUUGAGGCCCGGAAGGCACACCAGCUGGAGGGCGAGAGGCCGGACAUCAAGCCUGCCGGAGAUCAAGCUGUGGCUGGAGUGGAGGCCUUCUUGUGUGGGGAAAGGGUCUUGGCAUGGAGGCAACCUAUGUGCUCAGCCUUCGUCACUUUGGACAACGACUCUGAGGUGCAGCGACUGGCCCGGAUGCUGAAUGGCUGGCCGUGCGAGAUGCUUUCACCUACUCUGUUGAAAGUUGAAAAGGCUGUGCCGAGAAUGCGGUGGCUGAACCAGAGCCCUCGUUUGGCGGCCGCUUUUGCCGAAGAGGAAGCAAAGACGGAUGAGUACCAGACAACACCUGGGCUGGAGGAGCCGGAGCCGACAAAGGAGGAGGAAUGGCCCAUGGAGACGGAGCCCAAAGAUGAGCAGGAACAGCCAGCGGAGACGGAGCCCAAAAAUGAGCGGGAACAGCCAGCGGAGACGGAGCCCAAAAAUGAGCAGGAGCAGGCCGUGCAGGAAGAUGUUCCAACGAGCCCGGCCGUAGAGGCGGAAAUCGAGUUCGACUUCAAGCUCUGGGGGCCGAAAGAAGAGGGCGAAAUCGGCUGGCCGGAAGAGUCGGACCGGGAGCAGCCGAUCGUUGUGGAGCUGCGACCAUUGUACCAUGUUACCAUGAUGCCAUCAAUGAAGCGACCGGCAGCGGCAGCCCUGACGACCAAAGCCAUGAAGAAGCCCAGCAAAGGCAAGAAGGCGACCCAGGAGGAAGGCUCCGGUGCUCUCAAUGAGCAGAUCCAGGGCUGGACUCAGGGUGUGGGCGGCCCUGAGGAUGCCCGCGAUAAGGGCAAGGGCGAGAAAUGGUCGAAGAUGUCCCAGCACAAUCAGAUCCCGGAAUUCGUGAUGGACCUCUACCAAAACCCUCCACCCGGAGAAUCGAAGAGGGCCUUCAGGACACAGCUUAUCAAUAAGUUGUUUGUCAGGCGGGCCUCCGGUGCUCUGGACUUGUGCACCCAGGAUGCAUUAUUCGUUCAAGCUAAGUCUGCUUACGAGAACAGGUACCACAAAGCCGAGAUGCAGGGGUACACGAGGUUGGUGUUUUGCGGACAAUUCUUCGCGAACAAUGAGCAGAAAAUGCAACAAGCGAUCGACGAAGGAGAGGUCUACGAAGAGAAGGGGCCAUGUGGCACCGUCUUCUACAACUUCAGGAAGCAGGUCAAGGGCAUUUCUCGUGGUACCAAGAACGAGCACAAGAUGGAGAGCAAGAAGAAGUUGAACUCGUGCGACUACGAGGAGCUUUCGGACCUGAUGGAGGAGCUCAAGUGGCACUACAAGCCCUCGAAGAAGGACUGUGAGUCCAUGGAGAAGGGACAGCUGCCGCCGUCAGCGAUCAAGGUCAUCGAAGAGGCGAUCUCCGCACAGGAGAAGCUGAGCAAGCAGGCUUUGCAGCUCGCCACCAAGAGCUCGACGGAUGUGCCCGAGGAGAAGCUCAAGGAGUUGAAAAAGGGCCACAUGACAGCCAAGAAGCACCUGAGCACACUCCAGCACAUCCUCAACUUCAAGGAGUUCGAGAAUCAUGAGCCGGUUUCGCAGCACGGGCUCGACAAGCUUCUGUUGCAGAUUGCCCAGGACACUGCCCAGCUCAAUCGAGAUGUGGAGAUGGCCAAAGGUGGCCAGAGGCAACGGCUGGCAAGUGCGAGGGAAGAGGAAUGGCUUUUAUCUGGGGCCGCAGAGGGGAGCUCCCUCGCCAAGGAACUGAUCGAGAAGUUUUGCUGGGGUUCUUUCAGCCCACAGCAGGUGCAGAGUUUGGCUUUUGCUGCUGUGAAGGACCUCAAGCUUGCCAACCCCGACUUCAGUUUGCCAGACUUGGAGAAGCUGGCCUCACUGGGCGGUUCUGGACAGUACCCCUCCCGCUGUAACAGCGAGUUGCUGGGUUUCCUGGAGCCAUCUGUGAAGUUGAGUCCAGCCUUCACUGCUACCAUACCCUUCAAAGCUCCCUUGAUGGACCAGCAGCAGGACUUCCUGCUGCCACACCAGGUUUUUGCAGACAUUUAUCGGGAGUAUCCCGAUGCUUUUGAAAAAAACCUGCUGAACAGCGAGGACGAGCUUGAACGGUUCUGGGAAGCGGCCAAAGGCAACCCACAGUACGAUGAUCACCCCAUUCGUGAGCGAAGCAACUUCUCACGGAAGUGCAUCCCAAUUGGCCUUCAUGGUGAUGAUGUCCCCAUCGUGGGGAUAGGCAAGGGGUGGUCAUCAAAGAUGAGCAUCUUUAGCUGGUUUUCCAUGGUUGCACUGGGCCGCAACACUCGGGACAAGAUGCACUUAGUGUAUGCUUGCUUCGAAAAGCUGCGAACCCGGCAAGCUGGUCGAAAUACUUUGCACAGUUUCUUCCGGCUUCUUGCUUGGUCGCUCUGGUGGCUCUGGCUUGGUGUCUUUCCAGAUUGCGAUGUCGACGGAAAGCCGUACAGGAGGGGGACUCCUGAGUUUGCCAAAGCGCGAAAACCCCUGGCCAAUGGCUACUUCGCUGUGCUAUGGGGUGUUCUGGGCGAUCUUGAUUACUUCUUUCAAGUUCUGGAGCUGCCGCACUAUGCCAGAGCAACAAACUUUUGUCCUCUUUGCCGAGCCUGUGCUAGCGGCAUUUAUGCAUGGACAGAUUUCAGACCGACAGCUGCCUGGCGAACAACACAAUGGACAGGUGCGGCUUGGAGAGCAUGGGAGCAUCGCUCUCGUUCGCCGCUUUUUAAUCUGUCAUAUCUGACCUGCCACACGAUAUGCUUGGACUGGAUGCAUGUCAAAUAUCUGGGCUGCGACCAGUACUUAUUUGGCAGCAUUCUUGAGCUUCUGGUGUCGUGGGUCCUGGAUGGUUCGGCCGACGAGAACUUGAAACGAGUCUGGGCUGCCCUGCAAGAGGCAUAUAACUCGUUGAGGACUCCGGCCCAGCAGCGGUAUCGCUAUCUCAACCGGCUGACUAUGUUCAUGCGAAGCGGAUAUGCGAAACUGCGAGGCAAAGCAUCCGAGAUACGGCAUCUGGGGAAGGCUUUGCAAAUCGUGUGGCUCAAGUUUUACAACAAGCGAUUGGAAGUUCACCGUGACAUUGCCCUUAUCUUGAAGCUCAACUGUGCAAUGGAGUCCAUCAUAGAGGACAACCGCUGUGAAUAUGCCUUCCCGCCCGAAGAUGCCACACGUUUUCGCACCUCUUGCGACGGCAUGCUCCUCCUGCUUUCGAAAACUGCCAGACACUUCGCAGAGGAUGGGCAGCAGUUUUUUGACCUUACAAGCAAGAACCACCUGCUGCAACACUUGGGUAUAUUGGCUGGCGGGAUCUCGCCAAGACCCCCUGUGGAUAAGCAGACUUUUUUCUUCGUUUUGGGAUUUGGGUUUCGAACUCUAUAUAGAGUCGCAGGCACAACUUAA